CACCAUCUAAUCUCUUUAUCACCACACUCUCAUAAUGGUUUGAACAAACACCUCAGAUUUCUUAUCGAGACUUCAUGAUUCCCUUUUGGUUAUGAUAAUCUCGUUGUUACCGUUCAAAGAAUCAGUACGAACGAGUGUUCUUUCAAAGAGAUGGAGAAAUUUGUGUCGUGAGACAACAAGUCUUGUCUUCAAAGAGUACGAAUUUGUUACACUUUGGAAGUUUGAUAGAGAUGUCGUUCGUGAUAGGGUUUUCUUUGUUGGUGUUAUGCUUGAGUGGAUCUCAAAGUUUACCGGCAAAGUUAUCCAAAACUUUGAGAUUCAUCUCUCCGAGCCCAGAGGUUUCGAGGGAGAUCUAAUGUCUCUCAUCGAAUUUGCCUCCUCUCGACAAGUUAAGAGCUUUGUUCUUGAUUUCUCAGAUCAUGCCCCGACAGACUUAUUAAGCUCAACAGAUUGUAUACUGCGAUGCAAGUGUCCUCAAAAGAAGGAACUAGAUGCUUCUCAUAUGUUUUUCAAUCUUUUAAAUGUUAGAUCUUUGUCCCUUUGCUCUUUCUUCCUUCAGAUGAUCCAAAAUUGUGAUGAUCCUAUGGCUUUGCACGAUACGAUGAAAACUCGACAUUUGGUGCUGAGAACUAAUAUGCACCCAAGUGACUUCGGGGGAAUUAAUAGCUGUCCGGAACUGGAAUCUCUCACUUUUGAUUUCGUGAGAAUUUGGUCGACAUUGGUGAUAGAUCCGGUAACGCAUUGGCUUACUAGCAAAUCGUACGAGUGUUUGGAGAAAACGCUCAAGGUUGUGAAGGUAAAGAACUUUCAUGGAAGCUCCAAAGAGUUACCUUUGCUUUAAUACCUGAUUCGUAAUGGGCGUGUGCUGGAACGAGUUGACCUGUACGAGGAAAAGCGAAUGAAUUACCAUAAGCAGAAGACGUGGAUAAUGGCUGGAGUCAAGGAGCUCCAGAAGACUCUCAAGAAAGAUUCGAGUCAUUUAAAAAUUACUCUAUUCAAUGCUUGAUUGAAGCAUUUUCUUGAUUUUCUGGUGAAAAGUGUAGACUCAUCAUUGAGUGAUCUUUUCUGACUUUGUUUUAUUUCAUGUUAAUGGUCUGUUUUUCAAUGUUUUAUUUGGAUCAACUUCUUCAGUUGUUUAAGUUUAUCAUUUUCUUGUUUGGCUUGGUUAGAAAAACAAUUGAUAACUAAGAAAUGAAAUACUAGUUUGCUU